AUGGAUUAUAUACUGCUAUAUUCUCAAGGUAAAUUCUUUUUGGAUGUUCAUCCACCAUUAGGGAAACUAAUUUAUUAUUUAAUUGCAUCUUGGAAAGGUUUUCAACCACAGGAUUUUGAAUCAAUUGGUCAACCUUAUGAGAAUAUACCUUUUAUUUCAAUGAGAUUAUUUUCUGGCAUAUGUGGGAUUAUCGGAGUAGUACUAAGCUAUUUAAUAGUUAGAAUAGAUCAUGGAUGUUUAAUUUCAAUUUUCACAUCAUUAUUAAUACUAUUUGAAAAUUCGUUAUUUACUCAAUCAAGAUUUAUAUUGUUAGAUACACCUUUUAUUUUAGGUCAAUUGUUGACUACUUUUUGUUUUAAAAGUUUUCUAAGAACACCAUUGGGUACUGGAAAGUGGUGGGGCUAUUUAUUAGCCACUGGACUUGCGUUAGGUUGGACUAUAUCUUUUAAAUCAACUGGGGUUUUCACUUUUUUAUGGGUUGGAAUAUUUACUAUUGUUGAGUUAUGGGAUAUACUAGGUGAUUUAUCAGUAACCACUUUUCAAUGGUUCAUUCAAGUAUUUUAUAGAUUUUUAGCAUUAUUCAUUAUACCACUUACUAUCUAUUUAUCAAUUUGGAAAAUUCAUUUUAAUUUAUUACCAUAUGAAGGGCCAAACAGUGGUUCAAUAUCACCACAUUUCAGAUCAUCAUUUAUAAAUUACAAAGCAUCACCAGUUGAAGUGUUAUAUGGAAGCACAAUCACUAUCAAACACAAUGAGUUGGAAAAAUAUUUACAUUCUCACGAUUUAAAAUACCCCAAAGGUUCUAAUUUACAACAAGUUACAUUAUACGAUUUUGAUGAUGAUGUAAAUAAUGAAUGGGUUAUAGAAACUCCACAUAAAUACUAUGAAGAUAAAUUAAUGAAACGGAAGCGACCAGUAAAAGAUGGCGAUACAAUAAGAUUAUACCAUAAAUCAACUGAAAAAUACUUACAUGUGAAUGAUAUAAGACCACCCAUCUCCGAACAUGAUUAUUCAAAGGAAGUAAAUUGCAAUGAAACUAGAGGACUUUUAGGUGAUUCAGAAUAUGAAUUUAAAAUAAGAAUAAUGAAUUCAAAACCACAUUCUAAAAAUAAUUUACCAAUGAUUAAAUUAAGAGCUACUGAAUCUAUAUUUCAAAUAGUCCAUAAACAUCAUAAAUGUAAUGUUAUAAGUCAUUUUACAAAAUUACCACAAUGGGCUAAUUAUCAAAAUGAAGUAUUAUGUGUUGAAGAACCAACUAUUCCUAAUUCAAUGUGGUACGUUGAAUCGAACAAUCAUCCGUUACUCACUGAAAAUUUUGUUGAAUUUGACCAACCAUUCCCGUUCUGGAAAAAAAUUUGGGAGAUUCAUUUAGCUAUGAUUAGGGUAAAUUCUGAUUUUACUAAUGAACAUAGUUCAAGUUCAUACCCUUCAAGUUGGCCUUUUGUAUUAAAAGGAAUACCUUAUUUUAACACUUCUUCAAAAUACCUUGGUUUCAAUGAGAGUCCAAUUCAAAUUUAUUUUCUUGGGAAUAUUGUUAUUUAUUUGGCUAGUUUCAUUGCAAUUAUUUUCACUUUUAUUAAAAUCUCAUUUCAUUUGGUCAAGAUUUCAAAUCCAUAUGUUCAAUACUUUGAUUCUACCAAUAAGCAAAAAUUUUGUGAUAAUUCUACUCAAUAUUUAGUUGGUUGGGUAAUUAAUUAUUUCCCAUACUUUGUGAUGGAACGAAACUUAUACUCCCAUCAUUAUUUACCAGCAUUGGUAUUUGCAAUAUUAAUCCUUUCAGAAUUUAUAAACUAUCAACAUUCCAUUAUUAGAAACACACUAAUGAUCUUAAUAUUAAGUUCUUCAGUUUAUGUAUUUUAUGAAUUUAUUCCUAUUAUUUUCGGAACAAAUUGGACUUUUGAUCAAUGUACUGCUCAUAAAUGGUUUCCUGGCUGGAAUAUAGAUUGUAAUACAUAUAUAGGUUGA